AUGACAUACAGGCCUGUAUGGGCCUGUACUUCCGAAUAUUGGAAGAAUGAAAAAAAAAAUUUCUUCGACCGGUCCCCGCCGACCAGCGGCCCACCAAAUUCCGCAUCCGACCAGCCAGAAACCCCAUCCGCCCUCCCAAAAUUGAUCCCGCUGCCGUCGAUUGACCUCGAUUGGGAUAUUCCGCAUUUACAUCGCGAACAAGGCGACCAAGUAGAUCCGGGUGGGCCCAUGACACCGUUGACUCCUACCCUCCAUGCCUGUGAGGAUGCCUUUUGUUGA